UAAGGCUUCGGGGUGCGUCGUAAAGUUGAACCUUCCAGCAUUGAUCCCGGACUGACACGUAUCUUCAGAUCAACAAUGAUUGCAUACACGCUAUAUAGCGCUCUAACGGGUUUAGCCAUUUUACCAUUUAUUCUUUACCUGAGAAACCCAUACUUUUUGCAAGAUUUACGCUACGCGAUCUCCUCCAUUAAAGUAGCCCUUUGUUUGAGAAAAUUCAAAAAGCGGAAACCGUUUUACAGCAUCUUGGAUCGUUUUCUGGACCAUGCAGCGAGGCAGCCGCAUAAGCCUUUCAUCCUGUUCGAGGAAAGCUCUUACACGUACAGCCAAGCGGACAAGGUGAGCAACAAAGUGGCCAGAGCUCUGGCCGCGCAUGCGCACCUGGAGGAGGGGGACACCGUGGCGCUCUUCCUGGGCAACGAGCCCCAGUUUGUGUGGGUCUGGCUCGCUCUGGCCAAGCUGGGAUGCAUCGCUUCCCUGCUGAACCACAACAUCAGAUCCAAAUCUUUGCUGCACUGCUUCUCCUGCUGUGAAGCCAAGGUGGUGGUCGCUGGUGCUGACCUGCGAGGGGCCGUUGAGGAAGUGUUGCCCACCUUGAGCCAGCAGGGCGUCCGCGUGUUCAUCCUCAGUGAGGACUCGGACGUGGAGGGCAUAGAAAGCCUCUCCGAUAAAAUCCGGCAUGCCUCGGAGCAGCCUCUGUCCCCUCAGCUCAGGGCCAGCGUUACUAUGAAGAGUCCCGCGCUGUACAUCUACACCUCAGGAACCACGGGGCUUCCGAAGGCCGCUGUUAUCAACCACGAGAAAUUAUGGAAGUCAAGUUUUUUACAGGACAUUGCUGGCAUACGGUCAGAUGAUAUCAUCUACGUGUACCUGCCUCUUUACCACAGCGCUGGCUUUCAGGUGGGACUAUGUGGAGCCAUAGAGAAAGGUAUCACUGUUGUUUUAAAGCGUAAAUUCUCUGCCUCCCAGUUCUGGAAUGACUGUAGAAAGUACAACGUGACUGUUUUUCAGUACAUAGGAGAGAUUAUGCGCUACCUCUGCAACACGCCAAAGAGAGACAAUGACAGAGAUCACAGGCUUCGGUUGGCUUUAGGGUUAGGGAUAAGGCCCGACGUCUGGGUGGAUUUCCUGCAACGUUUUGGGGACAUUUUCAUCUGUGAAUGCUACGGAGCGACAGAAGGAAAUGUCGGCUUUGUCAACUACUGCGGCAAAGUUGGAGCUGUUGGCAAAGAAAAUUUUCUCCACAAAAUGGGCGGUCGGUAUGCCCUCAUACGGUACGACACAGAGAAAGAGGAGCCCGUCAAAGACUCCGGGGGGUUUUGUAUUAAAGUCCCCAGAGGAGAGACCGGUUUGUUGGUGGCAAAAAUUGGAGAAAGGGCACCGUUCAGCGGCUACGCCAGGAACAAUCAGCAGACAGAGAAAAAGAAGUUGAAGGAUGUGUUUGUUAAGGGAGACCUCUACUUUAACAGUGGGGACCUUCUGAAGAUAGACAGCGAGGGAUUUGUCUUCUUUCAGGACCGCAUUGGAGACACUUUCAGGUGGAAAGGAGAAAAUGUGGCAACCACGGAGGUGGCUGAUCAUCUACUUACGGUGGACUGGGUUGAGGAGGCAAACGUCUACGGCGUGAAGGUCCCAGGUCACGAGGGAAGAAUCGGAAUGGCCGCACUGAAGCUCAAAGAAGGCAUGGACUUUGAAGGCAAAGUUCUGUAUCAGCAUGUGAAGAACUUCCUCCCGAGCUACGCACGGCCACGCUUCAUUCGCAUACAGGAAGAACUGGCAGUAACUGGGACCUUUAAGCAAAUGAAGGUGAAGCUUGCAGAGGAGGGCUUCAACCCCGGCAACAUCAGGGACCAUCUGUUCUACCUGGAGGACGGCAAGGGCUACGUACCCAUGACUCAGGAGAUAUUCAGCUCCAUCGCAGAGGGGACAAUCAGACUUUGAAUGAGUUCGGUGUUUAUUAUUGGAUUGCCACUUUCCAAAUGGUACAUUUGAUUUAAAUGAGAGAGGCUGCAAAAUGAAUAUAUUACCUGCAGAAUGAGCAUUUAUGUAUAGCACGCUUCACAAACUACUAAUAUAAGCUACGGAAUAUUGUGUACUGAAAUAUUUCACAGGAUAAAAAACAUGAUUGUAAAUCAGUUAAGCGAUCCCAAGUCACGGACACAGAAUGAUCAGAACAUUUCCAAGAGGCCCGGCACCAACACAGCUGUUGAAGUAAAUUAUCGUACUGUGCGAGUAUCAACUACUCUUCACUGCUUCAAGGUCAUUCCUGAAGCUUUGGGGCAGAGGCAGUUUCCAGUGGAGUAGGAGAGGGAGCUGCGGAACACAUACAGUUUGUUCGUCUGCAGGUGGAGGACGAGUGUUUUUGAGUGGCCUGUGAAACCUUCGCAGGGCAGCAGGGCUGGUGCCGGGCACACUGCACCCACUGGUUGCAGAAACUAGGAACGCUGUAGAACUUUGUCAGCUUUUUCAGGUCCUGUUUAACAAGACGAUUUGAAGGCAUCUCCCUGAUCUUAUACACGGGACCGGAUCCGGCCGUUGACGAUCCAUUUGGGGGUCCGCCUGUUGCAUCUUUCAGACUAGGCCUCCUUUCAAAGUCAUAGCCGGACAGCGGACCGAGGCAAGUGUAAGGCAGAGGCUCGCUGCUGCAGCUGAGAGAUCGCAUCGGUCUCCGAGGUCGAAUCCAAGCCUUGUCAAUCCACAGCUCCACCUCGGCCUUGUCCAGCCUGGAGACGGCAUCCUCUCUCUCCUCAGACCUGGUGCCUGAGUCACCGUGGUGGUUUUCUUGUAUCACGUCAUCGUUCUGCGAUUUUGGUUGGUCUGCGUUACUCACAGCCUGUGUCUCAGCUAGAAGAGCGGAAGCCGUUUUGGAGAUGACGCUCCAGUCCUUGAGGAUGUCCUCCGCGGUGCUGAACUGCGAGGUCACCGUGAACCGGAUGAUGCGCUUUGUGUGAAUGUCUGCAGGGAUGAGGUACAUGGUGCCCGACCGGGUCAGUCUCCUCAGCAGCUCCUGGGUCAAAGCGUUUCCUGCCUGGAAUAAAACAAAAUAUGACAAUCAUG